UAAGUAACGCAACAGACGUUGCAUAAAUUUCGGCCCCGCCGAGCCGGAGCGUUCAGAGGCGAGUUGCAUUGUUGGGUCUUGCUGUGUAGCGGUGGAGGUGACUCGGCGUAGUUGAAUUCGCAGCAUCUUCGGAUUCGCUCACAGGUCAAAAUGCAGAUCUUCGUGAAGACCUUGACCGGCAAGACCAUCACCCUGGAGGUGGAGCCCAGUGACACCAUCGAGAAUGUGAAGGCCAAGAUCCAGGAUAAGGAAGGCAUCCCCCCUGACCAGCAGAGGCUCAUCUUUGCGGGCAAACAGCUGGAAGAUGGCCGCACUCUUUCUGAUUACAACAUCCAGAAGGAGUCGACCCUGCACCUGGUCCUCCGUCUGAGGGGUGGUAUGCAGAUCUUCGUGAAGACCCUGACCGGCAAGACCAUCACCCUGGAGGUGGAGCCCAGUGACACCAUCGAGAACGUGAAGGCCAAGAUCCAGGAUAAGGAAGGCAUCCCCCCUGACCAGCAGAGGCUCAUCUUUGCGGGCAAACAGCUGGAAGAUGGCCGCACUCUUUCUGAUUACAACAUCCAGAAGGAGUCGACCCUGCACCUGGUUCUCCGUCUGAGGGGUGGUAUGCAGAUCUUCGUGAAGACCCUGACCGGCAAGACCAUCACCCUGGAGGUGGAGCCCAGUGACACCAUCGAGAACGUGAAGGCCAAGAUCCAGGAUAAGGAAGGCAUCCCCCCUGACCAGCAGAGGCUCAUCUUUGCGGGCAAACAGCUGGAAGAUGGCCGCACUCUUUCUGAUUACAACAUCCAGAAAGAGUCGACCCUGCACCUGGUCCUCCGUCUGAGGGGUGGUAUGCAGAUCUUCGUGAAGACCCUGACCGGCAAGACCAUCACCCUGGAGGUGGAGCCCAGUGACACCAUCGAGAACGUGAAGGCCAAGAUCCAGGAUAAGGAAGGCAUCCCCCCUGACCAGCAGAGGCUCAUCUUUGCGGGCAAACAGCUGGAAGAUGGCCGCACUCUUUCUGAUUACAACAUCCAGAAAGAGUCGACCCUGCACCUGGUCCUCCGUCUGAGGGGUGGCUGUUAAUUAUUCAGUCUUGCAUUCAUAAUGCCCAAUGAUGGCAUCACUCUGCAUUCUAGCUAUUUGCCCCAGUUUAAGAUAGUUUCAGUAAUAGCUAAAUUUGUUCAAAAUGUUAAUAAAGGUUUUGUUGCAUGGUA